CCAUUUGUGUACAAGUGUGUGUGACUUUCUUGUCUGCUUGCAUGUGUAAACCCGCAUAAUCCGCAUAAUAAACCGAAAGUGAAAAAGACAAAUAAAAAUUAUGUUAUGGAGUUCAAAUGAAAGUGAAACUAAUGUCGGAUUGUAAAUACAGGUUCAAUAAUCUACUUUUCACCUGGGCGUUGCCCGUUAGUGAAUAUUACGAUUAACUUAAUCAUUCACUUUCAACCAUGGGUGACAAUAAUCAGGCUAGGUUAGGAAAUUAUGAAAUGCUUAGAGCUUUAUACGACUUUAAUGCAACUUUUCAUAAAGCUCUCAGUUUUCGAGAGAAUGAUCUUUUUGUUCUCUUACAAUCAAAUACAAAACAGAGGAAUUGGUGGCAAGUUAUAAAUAAAGAGGGUCAAGUUGGUUUUAUUCCUUCUAAUUACGCGACAACAGAAAAGGUUCAACCACAAUUCUUUAUAGACUUUUUAGACGAAUGUAUUAAAUUAUUUUCGGUUAACAAUGAUAAACAAGAAAGUUCAAUUGUCACUGAUAGACAGGCUAUUUUAUCAAAAUUAGAAGAUAAGAAACGUUAUGCAGAACAGGGUAAAAAAACUAAAAAACAAGCGCCAAUGCCACCUGAUUUUGGCAAUACAACACCCGAUAAGGAUAAUAAUGAAUUAAUUCCAAUAGUCAGUAAUAAUUCAACUGAAGAUAAUAAAUCAACAUCAAGUAAUGCAACUUAUGCCUCAAUAAAAAGUAACAAUGCAUCAAAUGAAAAUGAUCAAAAUGAAAAAUCAAAUAAAAUAGAAACAGCAUUAUCAGCUCGACGGGAUUCAGCUACCGAGAAACGAAGACAAUCUUUAACUCGUCAAUCGGCAUCUGAAGCAAUUUUACCACCAGAUGAUGUUGUGCAAAAAAAUAUUUGUGAAAAUAUUAAAGUUAAAUCUCCAAAUCAUUCGCCGGUAAAAAAUAAAACAUCAAGUACAGCUGAUAUUAAUCCAAGAACCGCCUAUCAUUUAUUGGAUCAAGUGAGAAGAAAUACUCAACUUAGUUAUGAAAUGUCAAAAGUUGCCGUUUCUGUUGUUGUCGUUGGUUUAUAUGAAAUUCUUCCACAUUCGGUGAGUCACUAUUUGGAGGAAAUUUUAAAUCAACUUCAAGUUCCACUUACUGUUUCAAAAAUGACAAUUGAAGAAACAUAUGAUGCUAAUAGGUUAAAAGUAAUAUUUAAGGAGCUCACUUCUUGUAAGGAAGAUUCUCAGCAGAGAAGUUGGAUGCUGUAUGAAGAUGAGUCCAUAAUUUUAGAAUAUAUCAAAGAGCUUACAUCUAUUCUUACAAACGCUGAUGCCAAUGUCUCAAGGUAUGUUUUAAGACAAGAUCAAUAUAACGGAGUGACAACGUUAAUUCAAUAUUAUCAAAUGGAACCUAGAUGGACCAUUAGGCAAUUACUUUUACAAUCUUUUGGUGUAAUGUGCAGUCUUGAUCCAAUAGCUUUGACAAUUAUGUUAAAUAGCAUUCUACCAAUGGAAAUGGCCAGAGACAUGCGAGCAAAUCCAAGAAAUGUGUCAAAAUUGAAUUAUUCGUCUCUUUUGCUCACCAUGAUAUUUUCAAUGGGUGAACCAAUGCCAAUUACACAUUUAGAGCAACUCGGCAUGGACUUUAUAGAAUUUUUAUUUGAAUUGAUUGAAAAUCCUCCGGAUAAUGAUUUGGAUGAUCAAAUUCCUGAUUUAUUUGUGAAUCUCAUUCUAUCAUACAAUUUGCAGUUUAUGGCAUCGGAGAAUAUUGUUUUGAAUGCCCUUAAAGGGAGAACAAUUGCCAAAAUUUUUACCGAAAAGAUUUUAUUUCUUCUAAACCGAGAAGAGGAUCCUGUUCGCAUUUUCGAUCAUCAACCGGCGCCGCCAGAUUCUGUUUUAAAAAUGUUUGUCGAUUUAUUCAGUAAAGAAGUUACGGCAAAUCUUUUUUAUACAAAUGACGUAAAAGUUCUGAUUGAUAUUAUUUUGAGGCAAUUAUUUGAUAUUUCUCCCGGUGACAGGCGAAGGCAAUAUUUGGAAUUGUGUCGUCGUGUAUUACGAACGUCGAAUUAUAAUGAUCAUCGACAUCGUUCUGAGGACGUUUUAAAAAGUUUUACAAGAAUAUUUUGCGAGGAAACUGCUGAAAGUCAAGAAGAUCAACAGUUGGUGCGAGACAUUAGCAAUGAAUUUCCACAUUUAUUUCAAAUGUGACAUUUACUUCCAUCACCUUCAUCUCCCAAGGUGGAAGACGAAGACGAUUUACAAACCCUCGUUUAAGAAGCCUUUCCACAAUAUUUACAUCUGGAACGAUUUCUUCGAAGCAAAAAAAAGAUAUACUAUUUUUCUCUUACAUAUUAUAUAUUUCCAUAAAAAAAAUAUUAUAUUGAAAAAGUAGAAUAGACAUUAAUUGUAAUAUUUAUUUUGCAAUAGCGAUUUUCCAAAAUUGGGGAAAAAAAUUCUAUGAAAAUAAUUAUUUUACAGAUAAUACAAAUAAUAAUUAUACACGCCUGUACUACUUUUUCUAGAUAAUAUUUUUUUCGUUAUCUUAUUUUAUUAGUAAUAAAUAGAAAAUCAAAAUGCCAAAAUCCAAAGAAUCUCAUACGAGAUUUAAAUAUUUAUUAAUUAAUUUUAGCUCUUAGUUAAUUAGCAAAUUUUUAUUUAUAUAUAUAAAGAAAAAUCGAAAAGAUUUAAAUUAUCGAAUUUAUUGUACAUAGAGAAAAGUCAAAUUCAUUCCAAUUUUUCUUUGGCCAAUUCUUUUUAGACAAUUGGUCCAAAUAAAAAGUAGCUUUAUGAAUAUUUCAAAAAGUGAUUUUUAGAUAUUUAAAAUAUACAAAAAAAAAUGAAUUUAGAUAAUUAAAUAUACAAAAAGUGAUUUUAGAUAAUUUAAAGUAUACAGAAAGUGAUUUUAGAAUAUAUUUAAAAUAUGCAAAAGUUGAUUUUUAACAUUUAAAAUCGCCACUAAAAGGUGAUAUUAAAUAUUUGAAAUUCAUGAAAAGUGAUUUUAAAUAUAUUUCUAUCUUGCUGUGUAAUAAAUGAUCGUAAAUAUCAAGAUACUAUAUGUAUAUAUAUAUAAAUUUAUAUAAGUAUAUAUAUAUAAAUAAUAAGAAUGUAGUGAAGAGUAAAGAAUUGCCAACUCUACGAUAAAAUAUCGUGGAUCAUAGUCUAGUCUUUAAUUUAUGUAAACAUCUAAAUAGAAAUCUAAAUCAUAAGAUUAGAGAGUUAGAUUUUCAUUUUCUGAAAGAAAGAUCUAUUGUACUUUCAGUUUUAAGUGAAUCCUUUGAUCUAUGCCAAGUUUAUGAUGAUACUUAUUAUAAACACUCUGAUCGAGUGUGCCCAUGACCAAGUCAAACGCUUCUUCGUACGAAAAGAAUUGCCAGAGCACAAAAAUUGAUUUCGCUCGAGAUUUUUGAUCGAAUAAUAAUAACAACCUAGUCUAUAAUAUGCUAGCGGCUCUAUUUUUUUAUCGAAAUCUCUAUUGAAAUACCAACUACUCUGUUAUGUUUGUGACUAUUGUCAAUUACACGGAGGACUCUCAAAUUAUUGUGAUUGUAAUUAUUAAAUGUUAAAAUAAAUCAAGAUUUAGAAGAGUAGAUGUCUCAUUCCACUGAAUUUUAAAAACCUUAUUAAUUUAUUUUUAGCUUUUUAAAAUUUUUUAUUUAAUUAAAUUAAAUUUUAAUUCAUUUAACUUUACUAUUAAGAUAAUUACACUGUGGAAAUAAUUUGUUUUUAAUUAUAAUUAAAUUUCAUUGAUCAAGGGAUAUGCUAUUUAAUUAAUUUUUAAAACGCAAAAGAUGGUUAGAAAUUAAAUUAAAAAAUUUCCAUUACUUUGUUUGGUAUUGAAAGAUAACAACACUAUCAUUUUUUCUAGCGAAUUUUAUUAACAACAAUAAAUACUGACCAUGGAAAAUUAAGUAGGCUCUUGUAAGAACGGAGUGUAGUGUAACUUAUGUAUAGUAAAAAUUGUAUUUAUUAUAUAUAGAAAAUCGAGCCAAAGUGAUUGUCGAAUUAACGUCCAAAGAGAGUCGCUUUAUCCAAUCUCUGGACAAUAUUUAGAUGUUAUUCCUUUUCUCUGACUUACGAUAUUUUUUUUUUUUUUUU